UUUUAGUCUUCCUGUAGAUGAGACUCAGCUCAGAGAUGCCUGGGGCAGCGGAUACAAAGGAUUCCACAUGCAUGCCAGAGACAGUGUCCAUUGCCACAGACCUCUUUCAGGAGGAAGAAACGGGUAAAAAGCUCCAAGUACAAUGUCUCAGGAUCGUCUCCCCCGAGUCCCCUGCUAAGCUCUACUGCUGUUAUGCAGUGAUCGCCGUCCUCGCUGCAGCUGUAAUUGCACUGUCCGUUGCUUUGUCAGAGAGACCAGUCAAUAAGACCUGUGGGCCUUGCCAUACCACCUGCCCAAGAGACUGGGUUGGAUUUGGAAGUAAAUGUUUUUAUUUUUCUGAAGACUUGAGAAGCUGGACAUUUAGCCAGACCUCCUGCAUGGCACAAGAGGCCCAUCUAGCUCGAUUUGACAGCCUGGAGGAGCUGAAUUUCCUGAAGAGACACAAGGGGGAUUCUGACCACUGGAUAGACCUGUACAGAGAGUCACCAGAGCACUCUUGGAGGUGGACAAACAACACUGAAUAUAACAACUUGGUUCCUAUCCGCGGAGAAGGAGAAUGUGUCUACCUGAGUGACAAUGGGAUCAGCAGCGGCAGAGGCUACACAUACAGGAAGUGGAUUUGUAGCAAGCCUCAGCUAUCCUUUACAAGGGCCAGUGGUUUUUAAAUGCAGGGUAGGGAAUGUGCCAAAGCAUGCCUGAGAAACAGAUGUGUGACCUGUUAUCUACAGUUGCUACUCCACUCCUGAUCUGCUAAAAUCAUCAUCAAAAUCCAAUGAUAAUGUGUGUUGACAGCAAAGAUGAAAACUCACUUAGAGGAUUAUACAUGAGGGUUCUUGGGAAAGCAUGGACGAUUCUAAACUAAAUCAGUGUUUGAGCAAGAACCUAAAUUAUAGUCAUAUCUGUAUUAGUUAGCUCCACUUGUAUGACCAGAUAUGAAAUUUGUUUCUUUGGUCCUUGCUUUGAAUGCAGGGGACCUUAAAAUUCAAGGUGACUAAACCCAUGGAAAUGAUUCAGUAAUCACAAGAAAAGUGAUAGUUGAUCUGUGGACUCUAAGUAUUUCUGUACGCAUGGUUGAUAUUCUUUUGCAAAGUUCAAUAACCAACACAAAGUGAUAUCUAGCCAGUAUUGAAACCAAUACUGUAUACUCUGUGAUUAACACAUUGUGAACAUUGUCAAAAUGUUUUUACAUGUUACUCCUCAGCACUCCUAUUUUAAUUACAGUGGACUAAGAGCGUGAUCCAAGCAAAGGCCAUUUUACUUUCUUAAUUCAACUUUUUUUGAGACUUUCGUGCAUGAGUAUGUCAUUUGAACUUUAUUCUUUAUUAGCUUCACUUAAAACUAUCCUAGUUUGAAAUGAAGCUAAUGAAGAAUAAGACAGUUAAUUACUGGACAUUUUAAAAAGCAUUAGCUGCCUAAUUUUGCAAUCAUUUACACACAGUUGAGUUUUAAGGACAAAAUAAUUUAAUUUUUUGGUUAUAUGCUAUACUGUACUGAUGAGUCCUAAAAAGGACGAAAUAAGAGGUCAAAGCAUGUCUUCAGUCAAUUCUAUCUUCUUACUUUAUUGACAUAUAGACUAAGCCUGAUGAUUUGAGUUCAACCUGGACCCACAUGGCAGAUGGAGAAAAAUCCCACAAAUUGUCCUAUGGUGGUACACAUACACACAAAUAAAUAGUUAGGUGUAAUAAAAAAUUUUAAGUUUACCUUUUAUAGAGACUGUGCUUGUUA